AUGAGUCAUCAGGGGAAUCCUGUUAACCCUCACUGCAUUUUCUGCAACCAGGGACACCCUGAGCCCACCGGGGAUGCUAUCUACGAGCACAUCGAACAGCACCUCGAUGACCUGAACAGACGUUUCAGGGAGAAAAGAGCCGACAACGAGGAAAAUUCUACGAUCAUUGACUGCCAACACUGGCCUGGUUGCCGUCACAGGCCUCUGACCUCAGUAGAGGGGGAUGCCCAUGCUUUUCAUUGGGUAUUCGUUGAGAUGGCACGUUUGAAGAGGCAGGAUCCCGAUGAAGAAUAUAUCUCUUGCGAUUUAUGCGGCAGCCGUCAUCCCACCUUGGCUAGAGAAGAUCUGGAGAAUCACAUCCGCGACUUCCAUAACUUAUUGUUCAAUAAUCCCAUGGUGGCGCACCCUUCGCCAUCUGAAUUGUCUGAACUUCCACCGGCGGCGAUGACUGGCUCCGAAGCCAUGGAGCUUGACGCGGCAGAGGAGGAUCAGGAUGGCGACUUUGAAACUGAUGAUGAUGAAUUGCCUGAACUUCCACCGGCGGCGAUGACUGGCUCCGAAGCCAUGGAGCUUGACGCGGCAGAGGAGGAUCAGGAUGGUGACUUUGAAACUGAUGAUGAUGAAACGGAGGAGGUUAGAGCCCAGGGGUCCAGAGAGGAGGCCGCCGCCGAAGCCCAGUACGACUCUGAAGAGGAAGAACCCAAAGACCUACCUCAUGACCUCAGACCAGUCAUCAGGAGUCUUGAGCAAGCCCUUUCGGAUAACAUCAUGACUAUCGAAAACUUCCUUCAGGUUAUAUGCAAUAUAUGCCGUGAUCAUCGCUUUCCCAUCGAGCACCUUCCCCAGCUUGAGAUCCAUAAUGCUCUCCGAGCUAGACUUGCUCCGCUUGUGCAUGGAUUGGUGCACAUACCUGGGGUCUCCUGGAACUUUCGAGUGGACCCCCGGAAUGUCGAGGAGAGAUUCGGUCGGACCACCAUUGGCAAAGCCCUUCUUGCAAAGAAGGUCAGGCCGAUCCGGGUUCUCUGUGAUCUGGGGUUUAACAUUAACGAUAUUAUGGAGAGCAACAUAACCGUGCUGGGUGCGGCCAUCCUACUCCGGCACAACAAACUCGCCCAAUACCUCCUGAACCCUGAAUUCAAGGAAAAGUACGGCGUCGACCCUUUCGCUCGCGUGACUACGGACACUAGAUAUGGCAACGGCUUCACUCCGACUGCUCUAUGCGUGUGGAGACACGAGCACAACACCCUAGAGACCAUCCUCAGCUACGAGACGCCCCCUCACGUCAUGCGAACCGAGGAGGUAAACAUGCUCUUCCGCUCGCAGACCUUGGGAAACAUCAGGCAAGUACUGCGCGACCCAUACUUCAGAGAGGCCAUAUUUGCCCCACGCAACCCUCCCAUCUCCCCGGUCCACUCCGCCGUUGCCAAUAAUCAUAUCGAAGUUCUGCAACUCCUCGUCCGGACCGGGAGGCGUCGCUCGCGCCUAGUUCCUAGGAAUCUAGCCUCUUACAUCAACUCCGAGAGCAGCACACCAGUCCAGUACGCAACCCCUCUCCUUGUCGCCAUGCACCUUCGCAAUGACCGAGCCGUGAAUGAACUCCUCGCAUGUCCCCACAUCGACCUCUCAAAGCAAACCUCCCGCAUGGUCACUCCCCUAUAUUACGCUGCCCGCAUACUCAAUAUCAACCUAGUUCAAUACCUGAUGAACAACGGUGUUGAUCCGAAACAGCCUACAGGUCUAGGCACGCCUAUUCAUGCACUGGUGCAUAUUUAUAAGAAUGCCAAGGAAGCGGAGGAGGAUUUGCGAGAUCCCCGGGGGUUCGAGGCCAUCAAACAGCGGAUUUACGAGCUUCUGCAUCUGUUCUUGGAUAGAGGCGUCGACCCAAAUGUUAGGGCUACGGCUGGUACACAGGGACCCAGGACGGCUAUCGAGGAGGCUGAGAGCGUGGGGUUUUGGGAGUUUUUGGAAGUGAUUAUGGCUCGUAGCACUGCUGCUGAUGCUGCUGCUGCUGCUGCCGCCGGCGCCGCGUCGUGA